AUGGAAGAGGGUUAUGGCUCAGCGAGGCUUUCAAGGGUCGACCGUAGGAAAACUCUUAUCAAACCUGAGAGGUACCAGGCGGCUGCACCUAUGUUGCCCGGUAAAGAAAAAGAAUCUUUUGACGUUUGGGUACUUUUCUCUAAAAUUGUCACUUUCUGGGCUCCUGGUGCGCUUCUGUCUUCUGUUGGUGGUCUUCACGAUGAACCAUCACAGCAAGCUUGGCGUGAAAAAGUUGCUUUAUGUUUUAUUGCCCUUGUAAUGGGUGGUACCGUCGCUUUCCUAACGGUCGGUUUUGCUGCUGUGUUAUGUCCUCCAGAUCAAGCAAGUAAUCCCGAAUUAUUUAAAAGCUUUGGCGAAGCUCCAGGUUUUCUUGGCGUUCUUGGUUGGCAAUUCGAUGUACAAAAUGCAAAAAGUCCUUCAAAUUUUAAUUUUCAAAAAUUGUCAGUGGAACAAAAUAGUCAAGAUAUUACAAACUACUUUUUACGUGAUAACUCUCAAAUUCCUGCUUGUCAAGAUCCCUCAAUUCAACAAUUUGCUGCUGUAAAACUAUCACUUUGUGUACCUGCAAGUUCUUGUCCACUUGAUCCUAUUAAUGCUACCACUUUUAAAGAAUAUAAUAUUGUUAACACUACAAAAAAAGUUGGUUAUGAUUGGGCUCAAGUUGAGAACAUAACAAACUAUUUAGUCAUUGAUGGUAGUGUACUUAAUCUUAAAGGUUAUAUGGCUGCAAACCCAAAACCAAUUCCAGGUGAUAUUGUGGACACUGUCAUUCGUGCUGUCUUAAACACAACUUAUGGAAGAGAUGCUACACGUCUUUUCUUUGGUAGAGCUGAUUUAAAAUCUUCUGUUGCUUGUCUUGUUAGCAAGUAUUAUGCAGGAAAUAUUGAUAAACAAACAAUUGGAUGUUUCACCUCUGAACUCUUCUUAUACGUUUCAUUAACUGUCAUUUUGAGUAUCGUCUUAUGUCGAUUUUUUAUGGCUUGUGUUUUUGAUUGGUUUAUCUCUCAUCGUCUUGCUCUUGAACCAAAAGUUAAAAAAUCCGGUUCCAUGUCACCAAUUUCUGAUAAACCUUGGACUCCUGGAACUUGUACUAUUAGAAAAGGAAUGACAAUGGACGAUGUUGGAAAAGAUUUAUUUACCGUUUUGCUUGUUACUUGUUAUUCUGAAGAUGAAGUUGGUAUAAAAUGUACUUGUGAAUCUAUGGCUGCUACUAUCUAUCCUGAUGAUCGUAAAUUAUUAUUCCUUAUUUGUGAUGGUAUCAUUAUUGGUAGUGGUAAUGAAAAGAGUACGCCUGAUAUUUGUGUAGGUUUAAUGGAACUUGAACCUGAAUUUUCUGAUCCACAACCUCAAAGUUAUAUUGCUGUGGCUGCUGGUUCUAAACAACAUAAUAUGGCUAAAGUCUAUGCCGGAUUCUUCCCUUAUGAAGGUCGUCGUGUUCCCAUGAUUUGUGUUGUAAAAUGUGGUGCUCCUGAAGAACAAGGCAAAGCAAAACCUGGUAAUCGAGGAAAGCGUGAUUCUCAAUUAAUUUUAAUGAACUUCUUCAGUCGCGUUACGUACAAUGAUCGUAUGUGCGCUUUAGAUUUUGACUUAUUUAGAAAAAUUCAUCAUUUAAUGGGCGUAACUCCUGACUUUUUCGAAAUCGUUUUAAUGGUGGACGCUGAUACAAAAGUAUAUCCUAAUUCACUUAGACUUUUGAUUAAUUGUAUGUACAAUGAUCCCUUCAUUAUGGGUCUAUGUGGUGAAACGAAAAUUGCCAACAAACGUGACUCAUGGGUAACAGCUAUUCAAGUUUUUGAAUACUACAUUUCACAUCACCUGGGUAAAGGAUUUGAAUCAGUAUUUGGUGGUGUUACUUGUUUACCUGGUUGUUUCUGUAUGUAUCGUCUCAAAGCUCGUAAAGGUGACGAUGAUUGGGUACCAAUUAUUACAAAGCCAGAAAUUGUUCAUGAAUAUUCUCAAAAUACCGUUGAAACCCUCCAUCAAAAGAAUUUAUUACUUCUUGGUGAAGAUCGUUUCUUAACAACUCUUAUGUUAAGAAACUUCCCUCAUCGUAAAAUGAUGUUUUGCCCACAAGCCGUUUGUAAAACUGUUGUACCUGACAGUUUCAACGUUUUACUUUCUCAAAGACGUCGUUGGAUUAACUCUACAAUUCAUAAUCUUUUGGAACUUGUUCUCGUUCGAAAUCUUUGUGGAACUUUUUGCUUUUCUAUGCAAUUUGUCGUAUUUAUGGAAUUGAUUGGUACCGUGGUUCUUCCUGUAGCUAUAAUAUUAACUUACACCUUGAUUUUCUCAAUGAUUACGAAACCACCAACUGACUUUACUGAAGCUAUCCCAUUGAUGAUGUUAUGUAUGGUUCUUGGUUUACCAGCCAUUUUAAUUUUGAUUACUACACGUAAAUUAAUAUAUAUCGCAUGGAUGAUGGUUUAUCUUUUGGCUUUACCGAUAUGGAAUUUCGUUUUACCAACUUAUGCAUACUGGCAUUUUGACGAUUUCUCUUGGGGUGAAACCAGAAAAGUUGAAGGUGAAGAUGGUGGUGAUCAUGCAAAGAAAGAAGGUAGUUUUGAUGCUAAUAAAGUUCCAUUGAAACGUUGGGAAGAUUGGGAACGUGCUCGACUUCGUAGAAAUAAACGUAUUGAACGUCAAGAACGUCAAAAUCAACCAAAGGGACCAUCACAUUUGACACAUCAAGUUUAUAAUGGUGAUGAUCAAAGCAGCUCAUUACUCGCAUCAAAUUACGUAAAUUAUGAAGGAGAUUAUCAAGAUACAAUGUCAAUGCAUUCUACCGCUUCAGGAGAUAUCGGACCUCCACAACAAUAUUACGAUUAUUCGACCAGCAGAUAUCCACCGCAAGAUUAUGACCAUUAUCAACAAGAACAAUUUGAUAACAUGAGGUUUGGCAAUACACAUGAUUUACAACGUGCACCCUCACCAAGACCACCAGAAAACAACUAUUAA